AUGAUAGCAUACCACGACGCGUUAUCUAGGAUAGCCUCAAGGCUAGAGGGAUCAACUCUAAGCCCUUUCAUUUAUACUGUCAUUUUGGAGGAGAUUUCUCAAUCUCUAUGGGAGACGGUACCGUGGUGCAUGCUAUUCGCUGACUACAUAGUGUUGGUAGCAGAAACUAGAGAGGAGGAGAUUGACGGAGAUGUAAAUCAUUGUAUACAAGAGGGUUGGAUCAAGUGGCGAGCAGCCACCGCGUUGUUAUGUGAUAGGUUAUUUCCAAGCAAGUUAAAAGGAAAAUUCUACCGGACGUCAAUCAGACCUGCUCUGCUAUAUGGAACCAAAUGUUGGCCUGUAAAGAAGAUUUUUGAACAUAAGAUGAAAGUUUCAGAAAUGCGUAUACUGAGGUGGAUGUGUGGGCACACAUUGGUGGAUCGAAUUAGGAACCAAGAGUUUAGGGACAAACUAGGGGUAGCCCCUAUUUCUAGAAAAAUGAGCGAAAAUAGAUUGAGAUGGUUUGGACAUGUGCAGAGAAAGAAUCUCGCCGCCCCUAUGAGGAGAGUAGAAAGCAUUAUAGUAGAGGGUAAGAGGAGUCGAGGGAGACCCAAGAGAACUUCGGAUGAGCAAAUAAAAGUUGACUUAUGUUCAUUAAACCACUCCGAGGGCCUGACUAGGGAUAGGGGUAGUUGGAGGCGGCAUAUCCAUUUUAGACUAUUGAUGUCCUCGUAG